AAAUACUGGCCACACAAACAGAUGAGGAACACAACACAGUCCACUACAGAGAGAGAAACUAGUGUUAGUUUACUGAAUGUGGAAAUGAAAAUAUAGAAAAGGGUAAAACUCAGAGAAGAAGAUAGUUGAUGUCUAAAAAUAUGUGAACGUCGUACAAGGUAAAGUCAGAACAGAUAUCACAGAUUCAACGCCACGAGAAUCCAGUCAUAUAGCACGGAUAAAGAUUCAACAAGAGACUCAGAAGACCGAACAGAAAGGAUUGUUGAUAUCUACGUCAGUGCAGAGGCUGUAAGAGACAUGAAGCAUAAGAAAGAGACAGAAGACUUCAACACAGAAGAACCACAAACACCUCGACACACAGAAGACUUCAACACAGAAGAACCCCAAACACCUCGACACACAGGAAGUGAUGGUGUGAUGAUCAGAAGGUCCAGAGCAGCUGCAGUAGUGUUUGUGCUGCUGUGUGUUCUUCUGCUGACUGCACGCAUUAUACUGUGUGCCACCUUCACUCAAGAGAGACAACAGCUGAAGACUAAGAUCACCAACCUCACUCAAGAGAGAGACCAGCUACUAACCGACAAUAUGAACCUCACAGAAGAGAGACAACAGCUACUAACAAACAAUAGGAACCUCAAGGAAGAGAGAGACCAGUUGAAAUCAGAAAGAAUUGAUCUUCAGAAGAAGUUUGCGGAUGGAUUGAAGUGUCAUCAAUCAACUCUUUACUUCUUUUCCUCUGAGAAGAAGAACUGGACUGAGAGCAGAAGAUACUGUAGAGAGAGAGGAGCAGAUCUGAUCAUCAUCAACAACAGAGAGGAACAAGAUUUUGUGGGGAAUAUUUCUGUUGGUUCUGGUCAUUUCUGGAUUGGUUUGACUGAUGUUGAAGAGGAGGACAGAUGGAAAUGGGUUGAUGGCAGCACACUGACCUCUGGGUUCUGGAAGUCUGGACAGCCAAACAAUCAGGGAAAUGAAGACUGUGUUAACACUCAUUCAUCAGGAUGGUUUGAUACUGAAUGUGAUAGUAGUCUUAAAUGGAUCUGUGAGAAGAGUAUCCUUAAAUAAAUGAUACAUUAUAAUAAAAAUGUACAUAUAUGCAAUAUGAACAAAUUAAUAUGUCGGUAAUUUUACUUUUUUUUUUUUUUUAUGGCACAUUAAUUAGGUUAUUCUGUAAAAACAAAUAAAAAAUAAAUAGAAAAAAACAUUGUAAUAUUAAAAUACACUGAUAUAAUAGAAAUAUUCAUAAAAACAGCAUUGAUCCAAUAUUGUUAACCAAAAUGAUCAUGAUUUUAGGAGUAUUACUCAGUACAUCAGUAAAGUUUGAUUUGAAAUGUGACUCUUGCAGCUUUUUUGUAAUGACAGUAUGACAA